CUAAAGCAACAUGUUUUGAAAUUGAUGGGCAUUUGAUGACUAAAUUGUUGAAUUACGUGUAAGGAUAUAAGCAGUGUAACCAUGGAAGCAUAUAAGCAGUGUAACUAUGGUUACAGAUAUAAAUUCAGAUCAAAAGCAUGUGACUAGUGGCUGAUUGAAGGGGACUAUAUCAACCUGCCCUGAUUGGGUUGCCUACAAUAUUGUAACAAAUCUUCUACAGGGGGCUCUGCAGUCUUUCUCCAUAAAUCUUGCCUCAUCAAGAAUCAAGGAUAUACACACAAACCUUCUCAGAAAGCAAAUGUUACCAAUGCAGUGGAUUUUACUUCAAGACUAAUACCGUGUGGGGCCACAGAAGCAUCAUCGUUCAAGUUAAAUCCUUUAUCUCCUCUUAAUUUGGGAGAAAAACAGACUUCGUUUUCCACUAUGAAAAACAUGAGUAGAUAUUUGACCCCCACUAACAUCUCCCUAGCAAAUUCUGCUUCUGCUGGGACUGACUUGAUUUACAAAUCCUUAGAAUACAAGGCUGCCUCAGUGUUGUUGGUGUUGGCCAUUUGUGGAACUGGAAUCAUCGGGAAUAUUAUGGUGGUCCUGGUGGUCCUGACUGCCAGACACAUGAGAACCCCAACCAACUGUUAUCUUGUCAGUCUUGCUGUGGCUGACCUGAUGGUCUUGGUGGCUGCAGGGUUACCCAAUAUUUCUGACAGUCUGAUUGAGAAAUGGAUCUAUGGGCAUGUAGGAUGCCUGGGUAUUACCUACCUCCAAUACUUGGGCAUUAACGUGUCAUCCUGUUCCAUCACUGCAUUCACUGUGGAAAGAUACAUUGCCAUCUGCCAUCCAAUAAAAGCCCAGUCCAUAUGCACUGUCUCCAGAGCUAAGAAAAUCUUAGCAUUUCUAUGGGCAGUUACAUCCUUCUAUUGCAUGCUGUGGUUUUUCUUGGUGGAUAUCAACAUCAAUAGCAGACAGAAUGCUCAGUGCGGCUACAAAGUCUCAAGGAACCUGUACUUACCUAUUUACUUCAUUGAUUUCACCAUCUUCUAUGUGAUUCCCCUGAUUGUGGCCACUGUGCUCUAUGGUCUGAUUGGGCGGGUCCUUUUCCUCAGUCCUAUUCCAAACCAAAUUGAGGCAGGAAUGGAGCGUUGGAAGGAGCGGCCUGGGACAGAAAGUAGCAGUUCACAGUCUUCGAGUCGGACAAGCAAGGGGGGAGUCUCAUCUAGAAAACAGGUCACUAAGAUGUUGGCUGUGGUAGUCAUUCUAUUUGCUUUACUUUGGAUGCCAUACAGAACAAUAGUAGUGGUCAAUUCCUUCAUAGACAAGCAAUAUGAAAAUGCUUGGUUCCUUUUAUUCUGCAGACUGUGUGUGUAUGCCAACAGUGCUAUCAAUCCUGUCAUUUAUAAUCUGAUGUCCCAGAAAUUCAGAUCUGCUUUCAAAAAAUUGUGCAAUUGUAGCCGAGAUGACAUACAGCAGCGUCCCUUGUACACAACUCCUCUUAACUACAGUGUGGUGCGAACUCCAAUCACUGGGAGCCCUGAAGUCAAUGGCAAGCAACAAGGGGAAAAGCAGACACAGCAGGAGGAAGCCAGCAACAUCAAAACAGAAGGAGGUAAAUCUUCAUCAAAAGAACAGAUGUAUUUUAGUGUUGUUUAGAAUUAGACCUUUAUUUAAAAUGCUUUGGAUCAAAAAUAUAACAGUAAAUUAGGGAAUCAUUUUCUUUGGCUAUCAAUAUGUGGAGCAUUUAUGUGAUAUAAGUAAUGCCCACAAAAACACUUUAUUCAGCUGACCACUGUACUCUUCUUGAUAAAUACAAAUCAUCAGGCGUAAUCUCAAUUCCUAAGAGGUCUUGCAGUAUUCAGCACAAACCAUAACCACCAUGGCUGUGAACAUUUGCAGUCCUUUGUUCAUUCAGGUACUGACCAACUGGGACCCUGUGUUCUUGACCCUGUUAGUCAUUCUGGGCUCAAUGGAGAUUAAGCCCACCACUAAAAAAUCCUGUCAGGUGCCUGCACUAUUAGGGAUACUACAACCUGGAAAUGCCAAUCAUUUCAGUGGAAACCCACUGCUUUUGGAACAAGAGGAAGUGAUACCUAGAGACAUUUCUAUGUUUUCCAUCAACUUCAUAGAGAAAGUGGUCAAUUCAAUACAUAAGAUUCCAAAUUUCUAAGCGUCCAGAUUAUAUCUUCAGUCUGAUUUACUUGCUGGUCAAUUCCAUAAGCUCAUACCUCUUCCCAUUGGGUGCACUGGAUACAUUAGCUGGUUGGAGGAUCCUCUGGUCACGAUGGUGGAGUAAACAAUCCCUGAACAUUUCCCCCUCCCAUCCGUCCCUGAUUAUGCCUCCUUUGAUUCAGGCAGUGUGUUAUGACACAGAGGUCUGGCGAAAUUGAUGGGAAGGACCUGGACAUAAAAUAUUUAGUGUGUACUUCACUAGCACAGCACACAACUUAAAUCAGAGGGUUCAAGGUUCACCCCAAACUGCCGCAUACCUCAUUUCAAUAAUCAGAUCAAGCCGCUGGUGCCUCUACAGGAAGUACACUCAUUUCAGAAACUUACUGUUCAUCCUUAGGGAUAAUGCCACUCCUUGGGAGGUCAGCCAAGGCUGACAGGAGUCAGCGAGAGACAGUCAACAGCCAGUGAUGGUGUUGCACAUACACUUUUCUAAACAUUGAACAAACAUUUUUAGUGGUUGGACCACACUCAUGCCCGGAAAACAUGCUGUACUUAGGACAGUUGGCUUUCCAUUUGGAGUCCUAAAGCAACGUUCUCAAGGCUGAUACAUUGUCAAUCACUUUUCCAGUUUCCUUAGAAGCAAGCUGUAACUCUGAAAAAUGGUCAUUUGGGUCACCAAGCUCCAUCAUGAGCUUGAAAUCAAACCCCAAUGAGCUCUUUACACAGUUUUCUUAAUUAUGGAAAGUCAUAAAGGAAAGCUUCCUCAAUUCACUAUACAGAGAAUAGAAUUAAUUUUAUGGAUGUGGAGCACACUGGGUCAGAGACUUAAGCCACAAAACAGAUUAUUAACAAACCCAAUUUAAAAUGAGCCACAUUUUGCAAUCAAUAUUAAUUCAAAAAUUGCCUUGGUCUUAUUAAAGCUCUGAUUUUUAUGUUCAUGAGGCCAUUGUUGUAUUUGCAGUGGCGACUUGAUGGUGUGGCUGCUUUGUCGGUUGACAGUUAGGAACUGUUUGUAUGUUCUCUCCUAGAAUAGACAGUGUAGAGGGUUAGGACACAGAUUUGAUCCAUAUUGUCACUUGGUUCUCUAUCACAGCCAUUUUGUGAUGGGAAGUCUGUGAGACAAUAGUGUUACCAAUAAUUUUACAAAGAAAAGUGAACAAUCAGUUAGUUUAGUUUAACUUUAAAGAAAACUAGGAAAAAUUCACUGGCACUUUCAUGGCAAUUAGAAGUGUAUAGAGCAGAACCAUGAGAAAAGGGCCUGUGGACUUUUGUUAAAAAGGAGCUUCUAAACUUCUCAAUACAAACAUUGAGUUUACCAUGCAUAAUUUCUGCUUAAAUAUAUUUCUCACUGGAUCUUUAUUUGAAUAUUAUUGUUAUCUUUGAAAUUCUUGCUCAAUUUAAAAAUAGAUUAUUUUAUAUUACUAUUUUCAUAAAUACAUUUGCAAUUCAUGCUGGAUUACUUGUAUCAAGAUUUCGAGAUUACUCUAGCUUGUGAAUAAACUUGUUUUCUCAAUAUCUUUAGUUGUUUUCCUCAAUCUCUCAGCUGAUUGCUGAUGCUGUGUGCAUGCUAUCUGUUCCUAUAAUCUGUUUUAUUUUGUUUCUGUACUAAAAUACAAGUUUAAUUUUAAUCGUUCAUCUGUAUUCAACUCGAUUAUUAAGGCUAUUUCAUAGCUUGUCAAAUGACUUGAACUUUAUCGUAUAUCUAUAGACAUGUUUCAGAUAGCAAUUUGUUUAGAUGUUGGCUACUCAGAAAUUUCCUUCUGUAUUAUUUUAUAAUCAAAUUUAGUUGAAACAGUAGUACCUAUGUAUUUCAGUGGUGUAAAUUGUUAAAUAUAUUAAGUAAUCUUAAAAGUAAUGUCAAUUUACAUUGCCAUACUGUUGUAGACAUUAACAGAAGAUAUUCAUGUAUGCGGUAUAAAUUGAUUGUCAGCUCAGUUACAUGCAUGCAUACAUUCUGGCAGAAAAACAUAAUAACGUUGCAUGCUAAAUAGUGUUUGUUAUGAAGUUGUUUAAAAUAAAUCACAGAUAAAUAAUUUUUGAUAUAUGAUAUAGUCUUACUGUGUGAAAAGUUUCUGCAAAUUUUAUUUGUCCAAUAAUGUGAUGCUUAAAGCCCUGAUAUUAUACUGCUGUAUAUAUUGAGUCUAGACUGACCUAUCAGCUCAACACGGAAUAGCUUAAUCCUAUGUCUCUGGCUCUUUCAGAGAGCAGCUGAAGGCAGAAGUACAAUGCAG